AGUUGAAGGCUGUGCUUCCAGCCUGGCGCCUGUGCUCUGGCUGUAGUGAAGCCUUUGCAACGUGUCCAAUCGCCCCUUCACAAAAGCUCAUUGAGUCAAACCACAACUCUUGUUAGGAGCUACAUCUGCUCAGGUGGAAGAGGAUCAGCAAAUAAGCAGAUAGGAAGAUUUCAACAUGCUAGAAAAUAGUGUCAUGACCUCUCCUGGCAGAGGAAAGUUCUCAACCGAUUUUAAGGCUCUGAGUAAUGAAAACUUAGCUGCAAAGCACUCUCUGCAAAGAGGUUUCUCACUAAGUUGUGCUAAUCAAGAAGAAAAAGUAAUUGCUUCUGAAAUCUCUGGUGCUCUUAAAGUUACUGAAGAACCUCAGGCACAGAUUUUAAAACCUGAUCUAGAGAUACCACAUCAAGCCAAAGUCACAUCAAUACCACUAUCUUUUUUCCCAUCUAAACUACAGCAACUAUUGUUAGCUGUAGAGAGAAAGGUCUCUGAAGCAAGGGAAGCUAUAGAAACACAAUCUGUAAUUUACAUAUGGCCAGUAAUAAAGAUGCAAGAGAGUUCCAGAUCCUUCUGGCACAAUUUUUCAAAGUCUUUUAUGCCAAGCAGCCCAGACUUAACAAGACACUGUUCUAGUCCUGAUGUAAUUGAAGAUGAGAAAAGUUCCCAAAUAACUUCAAUGAAAAAGCUUGCACAAGAGGAGCCAGAUGGAAAGACAGCAAGAUUCUAUCCUCUUAUUGUAAAGUCAUCUAACAGUUCUGUUUCAGAAAUUUUGAAGUCACUCACCAAUAUAAAAAAUAAGGAUUAUAAGAAUAUAUUAACACUUUCAUCUACUAGUCCUAUUGAAGAGCAGCGGGAAAUUCCUCUCUUUAAGGAAAAUGCUCUAAUGAUUUAUAAUGGUCAUGUCUACCUUCUAUAUGUAAUGAGGCAUGAAGAUCUGGCAGCAGAAAUGAAAAUAUCUGCCCACCAUAUGUUGUUUAUGAAGACCAUCGUUUGGCUCAUCACGUGUCGUUCUGUCCGUAAACUAAAUUUCCAAGUUUCACAUCCACUGCUGUUGAGAGAGGAUGCUGUGAAACAGAACAUAAAAUGUCUUACAACCUGUGCUACUCCCACAUUCCUAAAGAAAACAUCAAAUGAAACACGUUUCUCUUCACACAUGAUGACUACAAUCUCUCAGCCUGAGAACUGCUCCCCUCUUGCUGGGAAAAGGCAGCAGGUGGUAAACCAUGAUGAUCAGUUCCUCUGCCAGACUGCAUUCCCAUCCAAAGAAGACUUGCAAAAAAGAAAUGAUGAAGAAGCACUUCGGGAUAAAGACAAGGAAAUAAGAAAGAAAUUUGGUCUUGUUAAAGGUGAAGAAGGCUGGCCAUGUGGAAAGGAAAGACAUCUGGGGGCAGUCCAGCCUCGAGCUGCACCCCUGAACCGCUGGGCAGGGCAGCCAAAGACCUCUCAGCAGCAUCGCACGGCGCUGCAGGCAGAUCACCUCUCGGGGCGGGUACCUCCCAUCGCGGCAGAGCGCGGCAGGGGCGGGCUGGGCAGCCGCGCGUCUCCCGCUGGCCGCGGCGGGGCGGUCCCGGUCCGAGCGGGGCGGUCUCGGUCCUAG